AUGGCCUCAGACACCAAGUGCAAGUACGCCGUCGUCCGAUUGCCAGAGAGCAGCGUCGUCGACUUCUUCUCGCUCAUUGUUAGUUUCCUUCCUCUUGUCUCCAUCCCUUCCUCCACUCUUAAAGGUCCCCAAAGGCUACACAGAUGUCUCUUUCGUCUCCUCCCUGUCUCAGUGCAACCUGCGCGACGAUCCGAACGACGAUCAGCCGACCACUUCCAGUUCUGUCAAAGAGGUUGCCCUUUUCCAUUCGAAUAUCUCUGUUUUGAUCCUCAGCCUUCCAGACUCAGAGCAACGACGACGACUCCAAUUCGGAGAACAACAAGUCGUCUCCGUCGCGACGUCAGUCCUCCGGAUCCCAGUCGGUCCGUGCCACAGUCGCUCCGGUCGUCAAGACGGAGACGUUCGACUCGUGGACUCCGACGGCGCCCUCUUCGAAUCCAACUCCGGAUCUUUUAUCAGCAGCCGUGCCUACAGAGUUGUUGACCAAUUUGUUCGCUAAAGUGGGUGGAGACUCUGUUUUUUAUGGGUGUGAAGUGAUAGGGAGAGCAUGAACUUGAAUUGUUCUAAUCGAUAAUAGAGGCAAGGAAAAGGGGACUUGGCCUGGAGACUGGUCCGAUUGUUAUUGUUGUGAAUCCGUGUGCGUGGACUCGAAAGUCCUCUUUCUUCUUUUCAGAGCACUGGCAACGAAAGUAAGCCAAUGUUAGGAUUCCAGGCGUCGGGGGUUGAUUUCGACCUGACGAACAGUGAAUGGCACGAGAAUCUGAAACUGCCGAACGGCCACAACGCCUCCGAGAAGUUCCAUCCGUACGCGGGCAACAACAAGAAUGUGAGCGAAAGGAAGCGAAUUGGACUGUUUGAAUGAUCAUGUUUUUGAAGGAUUCGCCACUGCAAACGAGAAUGAAAGGAUGGCAAAGGGAGUACAUAAAAGAGGUCAUCAAAGACAGUCACUACCCGACGGAAGAGGAGCUCAGAGACAUCGAGCUGAAAUGCGAUCUGAGCAGAAAACAAGUGAGUGCCGUCCCGCCCGCAUUUCCAUUUUCCCAUUCCUACCCUUCAGAUUCUCCGUUUCAUUGCUAAAAGACUCACGAAUCCGAACCGGAAGCCACGUGUCAAUCACAUUGACGAAAAGAGAAAAGAGCAAGAAGAGCGGGACUCAUUUGGGGAGAAGGAAGAGCUGCACGAGGUGAACGGACUGCAUCAUCUUCUGAAUUCGCUUCAGGAAACCACUGCCUAG